UUCAGGAUAUGAGUCAUCAAUAACAGAUUGCGCACAUCGAGGGUUUGGAUCUCAUGACUGUUAUCAUUUUGAAGAUGCUGGUGUCGUCUGUGAAGAUGGUAGACUACUACAGACCUCUCAGCUUGUUUGCUCCCGUGAUCGGUUCCAAGUUGGUGUGUCGAUGAACAGCCUUAUGUCAUCUGAUCUGGAUCCAUUCUCUGGUCACCUGGCUUCACCUUUCUGUUCCCAAUACAUCGUGCAGGAUUAUAUUGUGUGGUUCGAAGUGAGGCGUCAUGCUGGCGUCUGCGGAACAGUACUCACGACCAACAGGACCCACGCCAUCUACUCCAACUCCUUGUUUUUCUACUCUACAAGCAAUGAUUCCUUAAUUCCAUCUGAGGCUAUCCAUUUCUCCUGUGUCUACCCCUUGGAAACAAACGCUGGCCUGAAUGUUGUAAUCAGACCUCAACAGCUUGAAGGUGGUCUUUUAGGGUCAGGCCCCAAAGCCACAGCCUACAUCUAUCUGUACAGAGACUCCGACUUUAGAAGCCGGUACCCACCAGGCUGGGUCAAUCUAACAGUGGGCUCUGCCCUAAAUGUGGAGGUGUCUGUAGAAGAGAGAGAUUUUAGCUUUGAAGUUGUUCUGGAGAGAUGCUACACCACUCCCUCUUCAGACCCUGAUUAUCUAUUUCCAGACCAUCUCAUUCGUUUCGGGUGUCCUAUUGACCAUCAUCAUGUGAUAAUGGUUGAGAAUGGCCGGGCUCGUCGUGCUCGUUUCUCUGCCCUGCUCUUCCCUGUCCAGAGUGACAGCCCAUACAUCUUCCUUCACUGCAGCCUCAGGCUCUGUGACGACAGGCUCAACAGCUGUGUCCCAUCUUGUCGAGGCAGGGCACCACGCUCUGUUCCCAGCUCAGCUCAACUUGAUCUCCUCAGCAUUGGACCAAUUACCUGGAUCAAGUGACAAGUUAAUGGAGUGAGCUGGUUAACUCUACAAACUGAUGCAAGCAUAUUCUGAAGAUUUUUUAUUUUUUUUU